AUGGCCCUGGCCGCCGGCCUGGCCGAGCUGCAUGCACAGGCCUGCUGCCCGCUCUGCCAGGGGCCCCUGUGCGAGCCCCUGACCCUGGACUGUGGCCACAACUGCUGCAGUGCGUGCCUACAGCAGCGCUGGCAGCACCUGCAGGAGCCCCUGCCCUGCCCCGUGUGCCAGCACCCCUGUCCCCAUGGGCCCCGCGGAACCAACACGCAGCUGGCGCAGCUGGCUGACCUGGUCAGCCGGCUGCCUGGCCCGAGGCCCGAGGGACACGCGCUGGAAGCCCGAGGCCGCUGUGCUGUGCACCUGCAGCCCCUGAGCCUGUUCUGCGAAGACCACCUGGAGCUGCUGUGUGACCAGUGCGGCGCCUCUGCUGCCCACCGCGGCCACCGCCUCACGCCCAUCGGCGCCGCGGCUGCUCAUCACAGGACCAAGCUCAAGGGCUACCUGGAGCCUCUGCGCAAGCAGCUGCAGGAGGCACAGAGGGCCCGGGAGCAGCAAAUUUUAAAGAGAGACGAACUGAGAGAGGAGUUGGAAAAGCAGAGGUCUGAAUUGUACUGGGAAUUGAAAGAGUUUAAGGACUGCCUGCGGUCGGAGCAGAACAUCUUCGACAUCACGGAAGAAAAUCACAUGAGGGCAGUUUUCCAAGAGGGCAUCAGAAGCAGGAAGCAGCUGUCCGCCCUCAGCUCCACUCUGAGGGCAGCCCUGUGGGACCUCACCCAGCUCCACCUGCAGGCGGACCAGAACCUGCUGGCAGGGGUCAGGGAGGCGCAGCUGCAGAGGAGCCGGUGGGACAGCGCCGAGCUCCCUGCGACCUUUGUCUACCGCCCGACCCAGCAGAUCCGAACCUUCCCCCCACAUCACAUCGGCCUGCAGAACAUACUGAGCAGGUUCCAGGUGGACGUGACCCUGGACCCCGAAACCGCUCACUCCAGUCUGCUGGUCUCCCCGGACAGGAGAAGGGUGGUCUACUGCCCUGAGAUGUUGGUCAUGCAGCUCGGCCGCGCCCCUCCCCCCAACACACCCUUGUCUCAUGUCGCCGUCAUGGGUGCUCAGGGAUUCCAAGGCGGCAGACACUUCUGGCAAGUAGAAAUCAGUGGCAUGGGGAUGUGGUCCAUAGGCGUGUGUGAGGACACCCCCAGAAAUGCCCCCAACACACCGUCCCCAGAAAGGGGCUUCUGGGAGCUCAUUCUGAUGACCAGACAUCACCUCGACUCGCUGCCUGAGCAGACCCUCGUGGGCAUUUUCCUGGAUUACGACUUGGGACAGGUUUCCUUUUACAAUAUGUACAACAGGUCUCACUUCCAUACCAUCACAGACACAUGGACAGGGCGGCUCCUGCCCUAUUUCUCUGUCGGGACUGCUUCUAGCAUGUUUUCCCUGAGUGUUGUUAGAGACGAAUGCUGA